AUGAUUGUCGAGUCACCUGAAGCGUUACGUGUUUGGUUGACCAAGGAAAUGGCACCUAUAUGUGACGCCGAACCGGCUGCAUUAGCCAAGUAUGUGUUAGCGCUUUUGCGUAAGGAUAAGCCGGAGGCUGAGUUGAUGGAGUUUUGUAUUGAACAAUUGGAUGUGUUCUUGCAAACGAAGGCUAGACCUUUCGUAGAGAAGCUGUUCGGAGUGAUAAAAGACCGGUCAUAUAUAAUGCCAUCAGCACAGUCUUCUGCCACUGCUGCAUCGGCAAGUGCAAAUACUUCAAAUCAACCAACGAGUCAACACCAAUCAACACAACCCAAUCAAGUAUCACCCAAUAAUAAUUCAUCAACAUCCAGAGGAUCUUCGUCCGAUAAUCGCAAAAAAGAAGUCGACGAAAAAAAAGAAUCAACGAAAGAUAAGGAUAUCAAAGAUGACGACAAGAAAAAAGCAUCGAGUGCAAGCGAACGGGAUCGGGACAUGCGAAGGGGACGUGACGACAAAGAGUCAUCGGAUAAGAAGGGUGGUGCCCAACAGCAAUCAGACAUAAUCCCAAACCAACCUCAAAAGAGUGUUCGUAAAAGAAUUUCACCGCCUAUUGCGAAUCCUCGUGACGAUCAACGACGAGAUCAUCCGGAUUUGAGAUUCGAACGACGUCGUAGUCGAUCACCACGUGAUCGUGGUAGAGGAGUGGAUCGAUCGGACAGACUUGAUAGAGGUUCAGAUAGAGGAGAGAGAGUCGAACGGGGAUUGGAUAGAGGUGAUCGAGGUUCAGAGAGGGGUGAUCGGAUCGAUAGGGGCUUCGAGAGGGGGGACAGAGGGUUUGAAAGGGGUCAAGAGAGAGGCGACAGGGUACUGGAGAGAAGCCGUCUUCAAGCUGUCAAUCAACCGCGAGCUGUUCACCGUCAAAAUGAACGAUACAAAGGUGGUGAUCGACUCUCAGAUCGUGUAGAACGUAUCGAUAGAACUGAACGAAAACGCUCAAGAUCGCCGUAUGAGAGACCAAGACGUGAGAAGAGUGCCGAGGUAGAGCAACGUAAGAAGAAGCGAUGUCGUGAUUAUGACGAGAAGGGUUACUGCAUGAAAGGUGAUCAGUGCAUCUACGAUCAUGGACCGGAUCCAUUAGUUGUGGACGAUAUUGCACUCGAAAAGAUGGUUAGUACAGGAGGUAGUGCUACCAACGCUGCGAACAACAAUAGCAGCACGACCAAGACCACACUGAACACAGUCACGAAUACCACUGCCUCAUUACCUCCACAACAAAUCACACCUAAUUUCUCAGUUCCGCCCCCUGGUUAUACCCCGCUGAAUCCGCCACCACCCGGAGUUGAUAACGUUUAUAUGGCCAAUUCGAGCGCUGCAACUGCUAUUCCGCCGUUAUCCGAAGGCUAUAAUCCGGAAGCACCAGCGUUGAGUGCCGCAAGCUCACUGGUGGUUCAAGGCAGAGUUCAAGCGCCGGACUUUUCAAUACCUCCUCCACCGAUACCUUUAUCAGCCCAACCCCCACCCGCACUAUCACAGAGUCAUUUGGGCGGUCAAGCGGCACCUCAAUCAUGGCCUUCUUCUACAUACCCGGCAAUGCACCAUACAAAUCCUCAGUCGAUUUCUGCAUCGUCCGCAUCCAUCCUUGUACAUCCAACAGCGAAUAGCUCCACUUCUUAUGAUCCCUCUCAGCCAUCCACUAAUCUUCAUAAUGUCGUUCAGCAAACAUUAAGCAGUGGUGCCGUAGUGACGAGACAGCUUCGAGGUGCGAAUCAAAUGAUGGGUGCGAAUAUAAAUGUGAAUCGUUAUGGCAUAUCCUCAUCGUCCACGAAUCCAUCAAACAAUCGUACUUUACAAGUUCGUAAAAUACCGAUCGCUUUGAACAAUAUCACCAAACUCAACGAACAUUUCGCUAACUUUGGGCAAAUUGUCAACAUUCAGGUGUGCUAUGAUGGUGAUCCAGAAGCAGCGUUGAUAACCUAUUCAACCAGAGGUGAGGCGAUGAGUGCGUAUAAAAGUACAACUCCAAUUCUCAACAAUCGUUUCAUCAAAGUCUUCUGGCAUGCACCUGAUUCACAACAAGCCAAUAGCGCACAACAAUUCUCACAUGCGCCAGGCGUGAUGAGUGGAUCAGCCGUGUCAUACAAUCCGGUGAAAGGGUCACUAACAAAAACGGUUCAUAUCGGUGGAUCGAGAUCUCAGAAAGCAACUGCUACAAAUAAACAAACUCCAAAUGCAGUUGAUGCGUCUGAUCCAACAGCUGCUCAAAAUCAACUAAAGUCCAAGACCAAUCUACCAGUGCCACAAAGUAUUGCUGAUAAAGAGAAAUAUAUCGAGGUUCGUCGUAAAAGAAAACAGGAGAAGGAGAACAAAAUGCGAUUACUGGAUUUGCAUCGCAGAAAAUCUGCAUUACUCACCAAAGAAAUCGAACAGCAAAAGCUUAUUAUAAAAGCACUCCAAAACGCGACGAAUGCUGACAAAAAGAAACAACUCUGUGGGUUGUUCAAAAAAGUGGACGAAUCAGUGAAGUCGUUGAAAGGGGAAUUGGAAGAGUUAUCGAUGAAAUUGAUGGAAAUGAACAAGAACUCAUCAGAGUCGAAUGGUCAAACUGCAGAAGCUGAUGAUAUGAGUAAGGCUGAAAAAACUGUUGCUGAUGAUCAGGUGACCCCUCAGAAUGGUUCUACUGCAAAAACUGUCACGUCGAAACGUUCACGAUCGGUUUCAGAUGCUUCCGCAGAUGGCCAUCAAACGGAAGCGACGACUGUGGUGAGUGCACCCCUGAAGAAGAUUCGUCACGUCGACUCCACUCAGGCAAUAGAUAAUCGUUCACGUGUGGUCGCAGUUCGUGGCUUCACAGCAGAAAGUGAGAACGACUUGAUCGUACAUAUGGAGCAUUUUGGUGAAUUGGUGGACAUGGACUUUACGGCUGGUAGUAGAAAUAAAGCUGUUACUGCUUAUUUCACGUAUAGAACGAGACAUGAUGCUGAACAGGCGGUAGCGUUAGGUGCGGAUUUCGGUUUGUGUCCAAUAGUGGUUGAAUGGGCAACCAAAAAUGGUAGUACGGAAGUGAGUGGCGUUGUUCCGGAUGAAAAAAGAAACCCCUCGGAACGUGUCACUCCAGCAGCACUGCUUGCCAGCUGCCCACUUGAUGAGGUUCAUUUUUAA